UAAUCACACCCACAAACUUCAUAAUCCCUUUAUACUCACACGUAAAUGCUCACCCUUCUUAACUAACUUCCUGAUCCAAUUAUUUCAAAAAAAAAAAAAAAAAUCCUGAUCCAAUUCAUCCCUCUUAUCUCUCUGAAACGUUCUCACAUUGUUAAGCCAUAUUCCAAUGGAAACUUGAAUUUCCUGUUGCAGAGAAGAGCAGCAGAGGGAAGGAAGUACAGGAAGAAAGACAAAGACGUAGAUUUUUUUUUUUUAUGAUUAUUUUUUUCUUCAUAGUAUCAGAAAAUGUCUUUCUUUAGUGGGAUGAUCAUUGGAAUGUCAAUCGGAAUUGGGAUGAUCGUAGCAUACGCUCGUUAUCAGAAUCUCCGUUCCUCGCGUCGCUCUAAAUUGGCCUAUACAGUGGCUGCAUUUGCGAGGAUGACAGUGGAAGAUUCAAGGAAACUUCUGCCUGCAGAGUUCUAUCCUUCAUGGGUCGUUUUUUCACAGAGCCAAAAGGUAACUUGGCUUAAUCUCCAACUUGAAAAGAUUUGGCCAUAUGUUGACGAGGCAGCAUCAGAGGUGAUAAGAAGUAGUGUUGAGCCAAUUCUUGAACAAUAUAGACCUGCUAUAUUAUCAUCUCUCAAGUUUUCCAAAUUGACCCUUGGCACUGUGGCUCCACAAUUUACAGGAAUUUCCAUUCUUGAGGAAGGUGGAGAACCUGGGAGUGUCACCAUGGAAAUGGAGAUGCAGUGGGAUGGCAAUCCAAAUAUUGUACUUGAUAUCAAUACUAGAGUUGGUGUGGCACUUCCCAUACAGGUAAAAAAUAUUGCAUUCACUGGGGUUUUUAGGUUAAUCUUCAAACCGUUGGUUGAAGAAUUUCCUGGUUUUGGAGCUAUUUCUUAUUCCUUGAGACAAAAGAAAAAGCUGGAUUUUACUCUUAAAGUUAUUGGGGGUGAGUUAUCGGCAAUCCCUGGGAUUUCUGAUGCAAUUGAGGAAACAAUACGGGAUGCCAUUGAAGAUUCUAUAAUGUGGCCAGUCCGGAAAAUUGUAGCAAUAGUACCUGGGGAUUACAGUGAUCUGGAGGUGAAGCCUGUUGGAACAUUAGAGGUGAAGCUAGUUCAAGCCAAGGAGUUAACCAAUAAAGAUGUUAUUGGGAAAUCCGAUCCUUUUGCUGUCUUGUUUGUACGUCCACUACGUGAUAGAAUGAAAACCAGCAAAACAAUUGAUAACCAACUGAAUCCCGUCUGGAAUGAACACUUUGAGUUCCCAGUUGAAGAUCCCUUAACUCAACACUUGACAAUAAGGAUUUUUGACGAUGAAGGAGUUCAGGCUGCUGAGCUCAUUGGUUGUGCUCAAGUGGCACUAAGGCAACUUGAACCUGGAAAAGUGAAGGAUGUGUGGUUGAAACUAGUCAAGGAUUUGGAGAUUCAGAGAGACACUAAAAAUAGGGGACGGGUGCACUUGGAGCUCCUGUACUGUCCAUACGGCACCAAGAGCAGAUCUAAAAGUGCUUUUAGUCCUGAUAUUGAGUUAGACAAGGGUAUUAAGGCUGGAACUAAUGAAGCAAAUGAUAAUGCUCCUACAAUAUCAACUUCUCAGAAAGCUGUUAGCACACGAGGAGUGCUAACAGUUAUCGUGGUAGCUGCAGAAAACUUGCCGGUAGUGGACUUGAUGGGAAAGGCUGAUCCUUUUGUUGUCCUUAAGAUGAAAAAAUCUGAUAAGAAAGUCAAGACUAAGGUUAUAUAUGAGAACCUCAAUCCUGUUUGGAAUCAAACAUUUGACUUUUUAAUAGAGGAUGCAUUGCAUGACAUGCUAAUUGCGGAAGUCUGGGACCAUGACACUUUUGGAAAGGAAAAAAUUGGAAGUUGCCUCAUGACACUCACCAGAGUUGUGUCAGAAGGCCAAGUUCAAGAGAGUUUUCCACUAGAUGGUGCUAAAUCAGGAAAGCUAGUUUUGCAUCUCAAGUGGAAACCACAGAUAUAAUUAGAUAAAGGAAACAUUGUUCUUCUCUCUGCACACAAGAAGGCCAAACAAUGAGAUUUCGAUGUUUGUGUAGCUGUAAAAUUUGAAGAAAUAAGAAAAAAGAAUCUCAAGUGAUCCUUAUCUUCUGUAUAAAAUCAUAGUUUUACUUUAUAAGUGAAAGUAUUAAAAAGAGAGCAGCAUAGAAAACAAGUUUUUGAAGUGCAUGUCGAAUCUUGAAUACCAUCU